AUGUCAGCCUCCCCGAAGGACAUCUUUCGUCUCAACCCCCCUCAGAGAUUCGCCUACACGGACUUCGUCAUCAGAGCACCGCUUCCUCGGCUCCCCCUGGGCAUGUCUGCAGAAGCCGCCAUGCGGAAAUACCCACGCACGCGUCUGAAGAGGCUGAUUAGGGUGGUGGAAGCGCGCUUAGGCAGACGUCGUUGCUUCUUCAGUGAAUGCCAGCCGGGAGGUCAGCAGAAGGAAUCACAGUUCGCAGUCAGCAAGCUCUACGCGAUGUAUGAGGUCGAACAUUGGCCGGGUGCCUCUGCGCAGUUUGACUGGACACAAUUUGUCACGGCGAAUAUUGAACGCGACGCGCUGCGUCAUGAAUGUGGACGGAGCGUGAAGCUGUCAUUGCCCAUACUUCCAGCGUCCGCCGUACCGAUCUUUCAGGAAAUGUUGAGACAGGAAAACCGCACCUCGGCGAGGUUAGAGGUAACUUCCGGCAAUAUCGCGGGAGUGAUGUACAGGGGCCAGAUACGUACCUAUCCUGAGGAACGCGGACGCUGUGAUUCCUCGGAUCAUCAACAGCACGGGCUAUUGCGGGCUUCGUUCAUGCCGCAGCUUUCGUCUUCCCCCAACGUGCGCGACGCUCUCUCUGAGCUCACCCCCGAUGAGCUGGAGGAACUAGUUCGCAGCGACCAACUGUUUCGAAUCGCCUGCGACUUCCAUCAAAAGGUUGUCGAGAAGGAGUUGAGACGGAUGGACCGCUUCUACCAGCGCUGCGUCGGUCGACAGCCUGGAAUGCACUUGUUGACGUGGCAGCAAGUCAUUCACGAAGCAAGGACGAUGAUCAAGCUGACGUUCAUCCAGCAGCUGGAGAAGUGGAGGCAACAAGAACCCGCCAUCCACUUUGAUUACCAGGACUCGACGGGGACCAUCCUAGACCACCAGCUGCGAUAUUUGGUGUCCCGGGUGCGACAUUACGAUCCUGCUCCCCCACAGGCUUCGUCCCAGUUUCAGAAGGAGCUCCACCGGAAGCAUCACAUCGCCGCGAUGUUGAGGCAGCGGCGGAUUGUGCGGGAAUGGACGACAGUCAUCGCCAGGCGAUCCAGCGUGCGUGACGGCGAGAGAUACCGCAAAGAAGGCGAGCAUAUCAUGGACAUGUGGACGGGCAACGUUGAAGAGCACGAAGCAUUCGACGAGCGGAACAGAAAGGAGAAUUCAAUGCUUACUGCCAGUAUGCUCCCUAUGGCCGCCCAGCUUCGGGUUCACGCAUCAUCCCCUACUCAAGCACAGACUCAAGCGGGGAUUGAGCAGCAACAACAAAAACGACAACAGUGGUUGGGCGUGUCACGACCUUCUCCGCGCUUGCAAGGCCAGAUCCAGAUGCAGGCUGGAGGACAAGCACGGCUGCCAACACGAGCACUGCCACAGCUGCGGGUUCAACGUCCUGGACAGGACCACCAUGCACCGGGAGGGCCUUGCGGUGGACAAGGCUGA